AUGGGUAUUUGUAAGAGGUUUGGUUAUCCGGAUCUGUUCAUUACAGUCACAUGCAAUUCAAAUUGGCCGGAAAUACGUGACUUUGUUACUUCCAAAGGGCUUCAAGCAUCUGACCGACCUGAUAUUGUGUGUAGAGUCUUCAAAAUGAAGUUGGAUGAAAUCAUGGCAGACUUCAAAAAGAAUGAAAUAUUUGGAAAGGUUAUUGCAGGUAUGUAUACUGUCGAGUUUCAGAAGAGAGGCCUUCCACAUGCACAUAUAUUAUUGUGGUUAGAUGGUAAACACAAGUUAAUUACCAGUCGGGAUAUUGACAAGGUAAUAUCAGCUGAAAUCCCCCAUCCAAAGUUAUAUCCAAAGCUACACAGUGCUGUCGCGACAUUCAUGAUGCACGGACCAUGUGGAAAAGCCAAUCUUAAUUCUCCUUGCAUGAAGGUUCAUAGAUGCUCCAAGUAUUUUCCUAAAAAGUAUAAAUUAUCAACAACCAUUGAUGAUGAUGGUUAUCCAACUUACAAGAGACGUGAUACUGGAGUAACUGUGCAAAAAAAUGGUAUUAAAUUGGAUAAUGGAAGUGUUGUGCCUUACAAUCCCUUUCUACUUAUGAGGUAUCAAGGACAUAUUAAUGUUGAAUAUUGCAAUAAGUCCAAUGCCAUCAAAUAUUUAUUCAAAUAUGUCAACAAGGGGCCUGAUCGUUCCAAUAUUGAAAUCACAAAUGGAAAAGGUGUUUCACAUGAAAAAGAACCUAUUGAUGAAAUCAAACGGUUUUAUGAUUGCAGAUAUUUGUCUCCAUCUGAGUCUGCUUGGCGGAUUUUCAAAUUUGACAUUCAUCAAAAGUUUCCAGCAGUUAUCAGAUUGAGCAUUCAUUUGGAAAAUCAACAACCUGUUACUUUUAAAGACAAUAGUUCAAUUGAGAAUAUUGUGAAUUAUCGUGAAAUGAUAGACACAAUGUUUCUUGCAUGGUUUAAGGCGAAUGAAAUAUAUGAAGAGGGUCGUGGUCUGACAUAUGCUGAAUUCCCUUCAAAAUUUGUUUACUUGCCUAAUAAACAAUUGUGGCAACCAAGAAAGCAAGGUUUUAGUAUUGGAAGGCUGACAUAUGUCCCUGUUGGUGCUGGAGAGUUAUAUUACUUGAGAGUAUUGUUGACAAUGCAAAGGGGAUGCACAAGUUACCAAAGUAUUAAAACUGUCAAUGGCAAGAUUUGUAAAACAUUUCAGGAAGUUUGCAAUGAAUUAGGCCUUUUGAAAGAUGAUAAAGAGUUUAUAGAUGGAAUUCAAGAAGCUUUCAACACGGCUACGGGUAAUCAAAUGAGGAAGUUGUUUGUGAGAUUGCUUAACAUGAAUACAAUGAACAACCCACUUGAGGUUUGGAAUUCUACUUGGAAGUUGUUGUCUGAUGGCAUUCUUUACAAUAGAAGAAAGACACUAAACAUUCCAGAUUUACAAAUCUGUGAUGAUGAGUUACAAAACCUUUGUCUCAUUGAGGUUGACAAUUUAUUGAUGGCAAAUGGAAGAUCACUAGAAGAUUACAAAACCAUGCCUACCCCUGAGUUUGAUGAUGUCAUUGAAUUUCAAAAUAAGCUCAUAGCAGAUGAACUCAACUAUGACAGAAAUGAGUUAGGUAUUUUACAUGCAAGUUUGGUUGAAAAACUGACUGAAGAGCAGCAUUUGGUCUAUACAAAGAUAAUGACAUCUGUUUUAUCUGGAGAUGGUCAAUUUUAUUUUUUGUAUGGAUAUGGUGGGACAGGGAAAACUUUUUUGUGGAAAACACUUUCUGCUGCUAUCAGAUCACAAGGAAAAAUUGUGCUUAACGUAGCUUCAAGUGGAAUUGCUUCAUUACUGCUCCUUAAUGGGAAAACUGCUCAUUCAACAUUUUGCAUCCCAUUGGAUAUAAAUGAGAAAUCUACUUGCAAUGUGACACAACUUUCUAUUAGAGCCAAAUUGUUAAGAGCAACCAGCCUAUUCAUUUGGGAUGAAGCUCCAAUGAUGAAUAGAUUUUGUUUUGAAGCUUUUGAUCGAACAAUGAGGGAUUUGAUGAAAAAGGUUAAUAAGGAUAACUGUAAAAAACCUUUUGGUGGAAAAGUUGUUGUAUUGGGUGGAGAUUUCAGACAGAUUCUGCCGGUUGUUAGAAAUGGUCCUAGAGCUGCAAUUGUUAAGGCAACAGUUAGUUCAUCAAAAAUAUGGAAGGACUGCAAAGUAUUGAAGUUGACAAAGAACAUGAGGUUGACCGGUGAUACUACAAACCAAUCACGCAAUGAACUCAAACACUUUGCGGAUUGGAUAUUGAAAAUUGGGGAUGGUUUACUAAAUCCAGAUGAGAAUGGAGAAGCACACAUUCAAAUACCUGAAGAGCUGUGCAUUUUACAUGGUGAGAAUCCAUUACUUUCUUUGGUUGAUUUUGUUUAUCCAGAUAUAGUUAAAAAUAUUGCAAAUGCUAAUUAUUUUGAAGAUCAAGCAAUCCUUGCUCCAACAUUAGAGAUUGUUGAACAAGUAAAUGAUUUUGUACUAUCUAUGAUUCCUGGUGACUCUAAAACUUAUUUAAGUUCUGAUACACCAUGCAAGUCUGAUGAGGAUUACCAGGUUCAAAGCGAUUGGUUUACAUCAGAAUUUUUAAAUGAUGUCAAGUGCUCUGGGAUACCUAAUCAUCGUUUAACUCUAAAAGUUGGCGUGCCUGUAAUGCUUUUGCGGAAUAUUGAUCUAGCAAGCGGUUUGUGCAAUGGUACAAGGCUUCAAGUUAAGGAGUUAGGAAAGAAUAUUAUAACUGCCACCGUUAUCACUGGAAAAAAUAUUGGUGAAAGUGUAUAUAUUCCAAGGAUGGAUUUGGUACCUACUGAUUCCGGUCUACCUUUCAAGUUCUCUCGCCGACAAUUUCCUAUUUGCUUAUGCUUUGCAAUGACAAUAAACAAAAGUCAAGGACAAUCUCUUUCCAAGGUUGGGAUGUAUUUACCUCGACCAGUUUUUACACAUGGCCAACUAUAUGUAGCAAUCUCUAGAGUUACAACAAAAAAAGGUUUGAAGAUGUUAAUCUUAGAUGAAGAUGGGAACACUUGCACUACAACUUUGAAUGUUGUAUAUCCGGAAGUGUUCGAAAAUUUGUAG